CGAGAAUGUUUAGGUGGGACAAGUAAUGGAGGGUUAGGGUUAAAAUGUGCCGGAAAUUUUAGUGGAGCUCCAGCAACAGCAACACCGCCAGUGUUGUAAACUUCCCUGUGAUUGCAUCACCUACCAACCUGGAACUUCAAAUCAAGACAGAAAGCAAAACACCGGACCCGCACGUCAAAGUUUCUUUAGCAGCGACCAGCCGAAUCCGAAUUACUCAAAUUUACUCGUGUCCAAGUGUCCACGAGCUUUAGCGAGCGAGCGACCGCCAAAGUUUAGCAAGAUGCAUCCGGCGCGUAGAGCCUACGUGGAGGAGGCCGAGCCUGAGCAGGAUCGCGGAGGCAUUGAUCUCGACUCCGUUCCCCUCGAUCGCGAUUAUGACAUUCCCGGUGCUGGGGCUGGUAUUGCCCCAGAGAAGGCAUCCGUACUUCUUUCACAGUUCGAACGAAAACGAUUAGCAGCUUCGAUUGCCGUUCCUACCGACGAUGCCCGGGUGCGAGCCAAAUUGCGAGAGAUGGGCGAGCCUGUCACCCUCUUCGGCGAGGGCCCGGCAGACAGACGCGACAGAUUACGAGAACUCAUGACACAACAAGCCGAAAAGGGAGGCCAGGAAAGCGCCGAUGUGGAGAUGCAGGACGCCGACAAUGAGGAAGACGAAGCCGGUGACCAAGAGGAAGAAUUCUACACCACUGGAACCCCGGAGCUGCUCCAGGCCCGCAUCGACAUCGCUCACUACUCAAUCCCGAGAGCCAAGAAGCGCAUCGAGUUUCAGAAGAAGGAGUCCACCAUCCCACUGCGAACACAUGUCAAACACCGAAAAGAGAUCAAGGAGAAGCUCCAGGGAUUCGAGUUACAAGGCAGUCAAACGGCAGGAGAGCGGCACAUCAGCAUGACGAGGAUCUCGCCCGAUGGAAACAUGGUCGCAACUGGCAACUGGGGUGGACAGGUCAAACUCAUCGAGAUCCCGACCCUUGAACAAAAGAAGACUUUGAGGGGCCACACCAACAAAGUGAGCGGUCUAUGCUGGAUGCCUGGAGCUACACUGCCCGAGCGCAAUGUUUCUCCCGAUACGGUCAACCUCGCUUCUGGAGGAGCGGAAGGUCUGGUUCAUCUUUGGUCUCUGAACCAAGAUACUCCGCUCAGAACUCUUUCGGGACAUUCCCAACGAGUAUGUCGUGUAGAGUUCCACCCCUCGGGCAAGUAUCUGGCUUCUGCUUCAGAAGAUACCUCGUGGAGGAUGUGGGAUGUUGAGACCGGCACCGAGCUCCUUCUCCAGGAAGGUCACUCCCGCGGUGUCUACGCUGUCAGUUAUAACACUGAUGGAUCGCUACUCGCGAGCGCGGGGUUGGAUAGUAUUGGAAGAAUCUGGGAUCUGCGGACAGGACGGACUGCCAUGAUUCUGGAUGGACAUCAGGACGGCCAUAUCAAGCCUAUUUAUGGCUUGGAUUGGGGCUCGGAUGGUUACAGGGUGCUCACAGCGUCUGCUGAUGGCUGGAUCAAGUGCUGGGACGUUAGAAAAGUGGAAAGGAUAGGAGGCAUCGGUGCACACACAAGUGCAGUGGCCGACGUGCGGUGGUUCAAGGGGUUGGAUGACCCGUUGGAGGGAGUUCCUCCUGGAGAAGAUGAAAAGGGGAUGCAAAUUCCCAAGAAGUCUGGCACUUUUAUGGUGUCGGCAGGCUUUGACCACAAAGUGAACAUCUUUUCCGCUGACGACUGGGCCUUGGUUCAGUCUCUCAGCGGCCACACGGGGCCUGUUGCGAGUGUGGACGUCAGCCGGGACGGAAAAUGGAUUGUAAGCGGUGGUCAUGAUAGGACGGUCAAGCUUUGGGGAAGAAACGACUCAAAGGGCUUGUAUGAAUCCUGAGCGGACGGCAAAGAUAUAGCCAAGUCCUGUCAUUGCCUCUAGAGUCGCCACACCAAGGAGGACGUUCCGCAACAGGUCUUGGCUUACCGCUCAACGAGAGAGAGUACCGGCACAUAGAUUGCAUAGAAGCUAUCUAGAUCCUGUAUAUGAGCAACCGCAAAUGGAUACCCCUUUAAAA